AUGGCUGUAAACAGUGAAGCAUCCGUGUGGACCGACGCGAAGAUUAAAAUACUGGUGGAAAGUGUUAAAAAAUAUAGAGUGCUCUUUGAUGUCACUUAUAAAGAGUACAAGAAUAAAGGAAUGAAAGAGAAUACGUGGAAGAAAGUCGCUGAUGAGUUGGAAUUUCCAGUUCACGUUUGUCAAACAAAAUGGAAAGGACUUCGUGACACGUUUUCAGAAAACAUCCGACGUGAAAGACAUCCAUCUGGAUCAGGAAGAAAGAAAGCUAUUAGAUGGAAGUGGUUCAACCAUAUGCAGUUUGUUAGAGACUGCAUUUCACACAGAGCUAGCUCGGGUAACAUUGGUUUUGUGUCAACAUGCAGUGAAAAUGAAAGAGCUGGUUUUUCUGAGACAGAUGAAAGCAUUGAAAUGAAUAUAAUUGAUUCAUCAUUACCAUGCAGUAGCAUAUUGGAAGUUGCUUCUUCUGAAGUAACAAACAACAAUCAAACUAUUUCACAAAACUUGGAUUUAAAAAGAGUGCACAAUGAUCAAUUAUCAAUUGGUGUGAAUAAAUCACCAGUGAAGAAGAAAAAAAAUGUUGAUCGGGAAAUUGAUAUAGCAAUCUUGAAAUUGUUAAAGGAAGAUAAUAAAAAGAAAAGUUGUAAUGUCAGCUCAAGUGAACCAGAUGCAGAAGCUUCUUUUGGAAAUUCAAUUGCCCACACACUGAGAAGCUUUGACAAUUAUCAUAAAGCUUUGGCAAAAAUGAAAAUCACAGAAGUAUUGUUUCAGAUGGAGUGUGAGUUGCCACUCUCAGAAGAUUGA